AUGCCAGAUACUUGCAAAUACAACUGCUCCGCACAUCCUACAGAGAUCAGUGCGUAUGGCGACAUUUCAGGCAUAGGGGUCACAACAGCCUUCUUCGCUACCGCGUGGAUGGUUGUGCUAUUGCUCAUCGGCUAUUAUCUGGUGGCUUACAACCCCAAACUCGACCCCUUUCGGCAGCCAGGCAAGAAAACAUCUUGUCAGUAUCCCAAUGUCGCUGAUUACGUAUUUAUGGAUGCUGUUCGCAAGCUGCCGGGUCUUAGGGGCUUGCAAUACUCUGAGUGGCUUCGGUCCAGCCAGCUGGAGUCCGCACUGAACAAGUGCGUCAUCAUGUAUGCAGACAUCCAGAUAUUUACUGGAUUAGCGGUCAUGAUCAGCGGCUACAUCGCGUUGAGCUGUGGACUGCAGAGUUACCACUGGCAGUUGACAGUCUACCUGGUGUGGCUGUCUUCCUUGACGCACCUCGCGGCUCUGUCAUUCCUUCGAAAUCACUUAUCAAAUCACCCUGGCCCAAGGUUCUGGCGCGUCACUUUAAUGUUCAUCGUGCUGGUCUUUUUGGCAGUGGCCGUUGGUCUCGCAGGCUACUUUAGCUGGGAUGACGAUGGCACCAACGACCCCUCGGACUUUGCUGUUUGUUACUUCGGCGAGAAGAUGAACACUAAAUCAGUGGCAUUCGAAUCCAUGAUGAAGACGCUUAUUCUACUUGCGUAUGGCUUCUUCAUCCGUCUGGCGAAAAUGUCAAGAGCUUUUGAAGGCGGACUUCGACGGGUUGCAGAUCGACUACACAACUCCGAGAUGGAGUUCCAGGAAAAAGUGACAAAUAUGGAACCAUGCGCCCCCCAGGAUCUCCGGAGUUCCCUUAUGUGGUUCUUUGUUCAUUCUUUAAACUCAUUCAUGGCCGGAAUAUUUCAUUUGUUCAGCAUGCAUACAAGCCUUGUCACGUCUUUCCUCGCAGAGGUCUACUGGUUGACCCUUUCAGCUCUGUGGGCUACGAGGCGGUAUUUUAAAACGAGGCGGCUAGGACCUAAAGAGGAAGAUGAGUGGACUUUUGGGCAGGUCUUGCCCAACGUCAACCAGAAAGGGACGCCGCAAGCCGAGUCCGAUAGCUUCGGCGAUACUUGA